AUGACAAGUAAUAAUGAAAAAGUUGAUAUGCUUUUAGUUUAUGGUGAAUGUAGACGUAAUUCACGAAAUGCCGCUAGACUUUAUGCAGAACGAUAUCCCGAACGAUACCACCCUCCUCACAAUUACUUUGUCCGAAUUGAAUCGUCUUUGAGAAAUAGUGGUGAGCUACCUGCAAGACAAGGUGAUAAUCGACGUAAUCAAAGACAGCUGAUUGGACAGGCAAACGAACAGGACGAAUUGCAGGUAUUAGCAUAUGUUCAAUUAAAUCCUCGAUCUUCGAUUAGGCAUUUAAGCAACGAAAUUGGAAUUUCUUAUAAAAAAGUUCAUAAAAUUUUGAAAAAAAAUAAAUUGCACCCGUAUAGGCCUGAUUUAGUACAAAAGUUGGUACCAGGUGAUUAUAAUCGUAGACUUACAUUUAUUGCAUGGUUUAUGAUACAAUUACACGACGAACCCGAUUUUCUACGAUUUAUCUGUUGGACCGACGAAUCGAAGUUUACCAACAACGGUAUAAUUAAUAAACAAAAUAACCGGUAUUGGGCUGAUCACAAUCCAUAUUGGACGACUGAUACAAAUCACCAAACAGUUUGGGAAACUAACGUUUGGUGUGGGCUACUAGAUGGGAGACUUCUCGGGCCAUAUUUUUAUGAUGGUACACUUACUGGGAGAAGAUACUUGAAGUUUUUAACUGAUAUUUUACCUACAUACAUGGACGAUAUUCCAUUAGAGUCUAGAACUAAUUUAUUUUUUCAACAAGAUGGAGCACCUGCACACAAUGCAAUUGUUGUAAGAGAGUAUUUACAAAAUAAAUUUGGCAAUCGAUGGAUGGGUACAUAUGGUGCAGUAGCUUGGCCACCAAGAUCUCCAGAUCUCACACCAUUAGAUUUUUUUCUAUGGGGACAUUUGAAGAAUGAAGUUUAUUCAACUCCACCUUUAAGUAUUCAAGAUCUAAAAAAUAAAAUUGUAAUUGCUUGCGCAGAACUUAAAAAGGAACAGAUAUUAGCAGCUACUCAAAGAGAAGUGAUUCGUCGAUUUCAAUCAUGCAUGGAGAAUGAUGGGCAACAUUUUGAACAAUUUAUUAGAUAG